AUGGCUGACUCCGUGUCUCCGAUCCCACACCUGGCUGUUUCAGAGAAAGUACGAACAUUUAUUACAGAGCACCUGUUGUACGCCAAGCAGCACACCUCGUGCUUCAAACCCCCCAGCUCACUGAGUUCUGACCACCGCCCUCUGAGCUUCCUGACUCGUUUUCCCACUUCGACCCAGCCUCUUCGUGAUCUUGACUCUGAACUCCUCGCCAGCUGUGUCCUUCUCUCUAAUGACAGCGCGGCGUCUGCCUCCAGCACAGGGUCCCAGGAACCAUGGUGCCACAGCAGUCCCGUCUUCUGGAUGGAGCAGGUUUACCAGGGAAGGAAGGUGGGCCCGCAGGGAGGCCAGCUGGAUCCAGAGCCAGCGGGCAGGGAGAGAGCGGCGCUUCCCGAGCCAGGCGCGCAGAGGCCUUCACUCCCCAGCAAACACAGCCACAGGAGCGGCGUCCAGCCCGCAGGUGACCAUGCCCCGGCCAAGAGCCGAGCACCGGAGUUUGAUUUCGGGAUCUGGUUUCGGGCUCCAGCUUCCUGCCAAGGCAGAUCCUGGGAGGCAGCAGUGAUGGCUCAAGGAGUUGGAUUCCGGCCCCCCAAUGGGAGACCUGGAUCAAGUCCCCGGCUCCUGGCUCUGGCCUCAGCAGAGCCCCAGUCGUGGCAGGCAUCUGGGGAAGGAGCCGGCAGAUGGAAGCUCUGUAAAGCUUUGCGUUUGGCAACACCACUGUAAAAGAAAAUCCUAACGUGCUACAAAUUACAAUAAAGGUGCAUACUUGUUGAAAGAAAAUUCAAGAUACAUUAACAUCAAGGUCUAGUAAGUAAAAAGUGAGGAUUCUCAUCCCACACACACAUUACUUGUUCCCCCGUGUUCCAGAGAUUAACUGAUGUCUACAGUGGCUUGGACAUCCUUCUAGAACGUCUUCAAUGCAUCCUGGGCUACAUCUUGCUGCUUCUACUCAACAGUGCAUUAUUAACAUGCUUGCAGGCAGCACAGAGAGUGUGGAUAGGCCUUACCCCCAUUUUAAAGAUGAGAAGACUGAGGUCCAGACAUUUUUUUUUUUUUCAACUUGAGAAGCAGUGAGACAGAGAGAGGGAGACAGACCGAGACCAAGAGAGUUACCAUCUGCCGAUUCACUCCCCACAUGCCCACAACAGCUGGGGCUGGGCCUGGCUGAAGCCAGGAGCCAGGAACUCCAACCAGGACUCCCAUAUAGUUGGCAGGAACCCAACUACCUGAGCCAUCAGCG